AUGGCUGUGCCAAAGGCCAAUCCCAAGGACUCGAUGGUGUCUACGUGGCGGCGCAAGAGCCGCAGCGAGUGGACAGCUGGCCAUUGGUUCUUCGAGGUUAUGGGCGCGCACCCGACCGUCCUCGACAAGCCCAUCCCGGUGAGCCAGCCAACCGACGCCUUGCGCUACGUGCCCGAGUGGCAGUUCCACCGCUGGAUCUUGCUGCACGCUGCCCUGCCCGUCGCGCUUCAGCAGCUCUUCUGUGUCUGCGCGGGCCGCAACUUUACAACGGCAGAGGCAUCCAUCGUCUAUGGCUUUACCUUUAAUCUAUCGGCCGCCCGGGAGAUGAGCCUGCUGCGCUGGCUGGCGCACGAGGUCGGCUUUCUGGAUGGUCACCGCGCCGAACGCGACGGGGUACCCGACCUGGCCGUCCAUAAGGUCAUGUGGUCAAUCCUGGGCGUCAUGUUCUUCCGCCCAGCGGCCAUGAUGUUCCUAACGUACAAGACUAGCGAGCAGCCCCGCGAUAUGUCGUGGGCCUUCCUCGUCAUCGAGAUCUUUCUCUACGGUAUCAUCCUCGACUUUUGGUUCUACUGGUACCACCGCCUCAUGCAUGAGGUGCCGUGGCUAUGGAAGUUCCACCGGACGCAUCACCUAACUAAGCACCCGAACCCGUUGCUGACGCUAUAUGCCGACUUUGAGCAAGAAGUGUUCGAUACACUUGGGAUACCGCUCGUAACGUAUGGGACUAUGAAGCUUAUUGGACUUCCGAUGGGAUUCUAUGAGUGGUGGAUCUGCCAGAGCUAUAUCUUAUUUGUCGAGAUUUUGGGGCAUAGCGGGCUUCGCCUGUACCUCCAAGCGCCGAACCCGUCGAGCUGGCUGCUCCGGAGAUUUGGCUGCGAGCUCCUCCUAGAGGACCACGAUCUGCAUCAUCGGAAGGGGUGGAAGUCAAGCGGAAACUAUGGCAAGCAGACCAGGCUAUGGGACCGGCUAUUUGGCACUUGCAAGGAUCGCAUCGAGUGUAUAUCCGAUGAGAAUGUUGACUGGAAGCACCCCGUCAACAUCCCGGCGUUCUGA